UAUAGAAAUAAAAAGUGAACUGAAUACUUCGUACGUAGUAAAAUAUUCUCCGAGUGGCCAGUAACAAAGGCGGUGCCGUUUUAUUCUUUGCAGUUGAAACCCCUGCUCCACCAUCUUCAUCAGAGUCAGGAACGAAAAGAACAAUUUCACCUGGACGUCAUCUCCUGAUCCGGUGAAAAACCCACCUGGAAGAAACGAGUUUUCGGAUUCAAACCCCUUAAUCAGUAUCCCAAAUUGCCCACUCAUGGAGGAAGGAUUUAAGCUGCAGCAGAGGCACGGGAAGGCAAGGGUUAGAGUUGCCCGGGUCUGGAGGGAAGGAGACGGUACCCACCACUUUUCCGAAUGGAACGUCAGCAUAAGUCUCCUCUCCGAUUGCCUGCCUGCCUACAUCUCCGGCGACAACUCCGACAUUGUUGCCACCGACACCAUGAAGAACACCGUAUAUGCUAAAGCCAAGGAAUGUUCCAAUAGACUCCCAGUUGAGGCCUUUGCUAUUGAACUGGGGAAACACUUCACGUCAUAUUAUAAGCAGGUCACUGCUGCCGUCAUCAGGAUAGUAGAAAAGCCAUGGGAACGAGUCAACAUUAAUGGUCAGCCUCAUAGACAUGGUUUUAAGCUUGGAUCCGAAAAGCACACAACUGAAGUGCUCCUAGAUAAGUCAGGUGGAUUGCAGGUUACCUCUGGUAUUGAGGGGUUAGCUGUGCUGAAGACCACACAGUCGGGUUUUGAAGGAUUCAUAAGGGACAAGUAUACUAUCUUGCCUGAAACAAAGGAGAGGAUGCUGGCAACAGAUAUUACAGCACUAUGGCGGUACUCCUUCAAAUCCCUUUCUGGGGUUCCUUCGAAGAACAAUUACUUCACAGAAAUGCGUACAGAUGUGAAACAGGUUUUGCUGCAUACUUUCUUUGGCUCUCCUAAAGAAGGCAUAUACAGUCCAUCCGUUCAAAGCACACUAUAUGACAUGGCAAAGGCUGUUCUUGGCAGCUUCAAAGACAUAGUAUCAAUCCAGUUAAAGAUGCCAAAUCUUCACUUUUUGCCUGUCAACUUGUCAAGCAAAGAUAAUUCAGCUAUUGUCAAGUUUGAUGAUGAUGUGUAUUUGCCAACGGAUGAACCACAUGGCUCAAUCGAGGCAACUCUGAGCCGCAUUAACUCAAAGAUUUAAGCUCUGGUUGGUUAUCACCAAAGGCCACUUGCUCACGAGAGUUUGCUACUUCGUACUUCAGAAUAUAUUUGGUGUAUUACACGCAAACCACACAAUUGAAUUAAUUGGUCACAAGCUACAUGACUCAUACAGUUGUGAAAUAUGAUGAAUAAAUCUGAUUUAAUCUGUGUUUGCAACCGAUUGUGCUUGCUCUUCUGAAUCAAUCAUCAUCAUCACC